GCGGCGCUGGUGCUUCCUGUUCCGGCGUCAGGAGGAGCCGCGCGCUGUUGGUGCUGCCGCUGCCGCUGCCGCUGCUGCUGGUGCUUCCGCCGCUGGUGUCGUGGUCGCCGCUGCUGUGAGUCAAGGCUGCGCCUGGUUCCUCAGCUCUCAGCUCUCGGAGUCCUCGGGCCCACCGCUGCGCCUCGACCUUGCUGCGGGCUCGGAUCUGCCGGGAAAAUGUCUGAUGAAUUUUCGUUGGCAGAUGCGCUACCUGACCACUCCCCUGCUAAAACUUCUGUGAGCAAUACAAAACCUAGCCAACCUCCUCAAAGCUGGCCAGGUUCCAACCCUUGGAAUAACCCAAGCGCUCCACCUGCUGUGCCAUCUGGACUCCCACCGAGUGCAGCACCCUCCACUGUGCCUUUCGGAUCAGCACCAACAGGAAUGUAUCCCUCUGUGCCUCCCACUGGACCACCUCCAGGACCCCCAGGACACUUUCCUCCGUCUGGACCAUCAUGCCCCCCGCCUGGUGGUCCUUAUCCAGCCCCACCUGUGCCAGGUCCUGGCCCCACGGGGCCAUAUCCUACACCAAACAUGCCCUUUCCAGAGCUUCCGCGACCAUAUGGUGCUCCCACCGAUCCAGCUGGUCCCUUAGGUCCUUGGGGAUCCAUGUCUUCUGGACCUUGGGCACCAGGAAUGGGAGGGCAGUAUCCUACCCCUAAUAUGCCAUAUCCAGGGCCAUAUCCCACACCACCUCCUCCCCAAGCACCAGGGGCAGCACCACCUGUUCCAUGGGGCACUGUUCCACCAGGAGCCUGGGGACCACCAGCACCGUAUCCUGCCCCUGGAGGAUCAUAUCCCACACCAGGACUCUAUCCCACACCCAAUAAUCCUUUCCAAGUGCCUUCAGGACCUUCUGGUGCUCCACCAAUGCCUGGUGGCCCCCAUUCUUACCAUUAAGUUAAUGGAUGAAGAGAUGACGCUUUGCUUUUUGAAGUACAUAUAUAUGCACAAGAAUGCAUAUAUAAAAAUUGCUGGUUUCAUUAUUAGAGGGCAUUCAUGAAAGAACAACUCUUGCACCUCUCAGAAGAUAUCUGCCUCUUGUACUUGGAUGUAUAAUAUAUCAGAUGGAUACAAUCAGAUAAAAAUGUAAAUCAUUCAAAUGUGAUUUUUAUUCAGUUUUUAUGGAAAGUGAAAAUAAGUAUAUUGAAUAGCUCUUUGUUAUAAUUUGUUUAAAACAAAUUUUGGAUUUGUUUAAAUUAUGAAACUACAAAUUUAAAAAUUUAAGAUGAUGUGUGGAUUAUUGUUAGAACCUGCAACCUCAUUGGCAAAUUAUUUCAAGUAUUUUUCUAUAAUCACUUUUUCCUUAAAUGAACACACUUUGAAAAAUGUUCAUAGUCAUAAUUUAAAAAAUUAUGCCUCUCAACAUCUUGAGCUGUUCUAUCCAUAGAAUAAAUAAACAUAGUCCUCUUGAGGUUAUGUUUUGAAUAUACAUUUUAAAACUGGCAGUAAUUAUCAGAUGUUUAUUAGGAAGUGUUAAUUUUUCUUGAAAUUUUAGUAAAAGCUUUCGUUUUGAAUUUCACCUGAUUUGUUUUACGUUUAACCAAGUGGGUCAAACAGCUCUUAAAUCUGCCAUUUGUGGAAACUUCUCUUUAAUGCAGGCCAGCAUGUAUGUAAAUUAUACUCUUAAAGCAUUGGUAAUCUCUGUGUUGCUUUAGAGUAGCUUGAGAUGUCCAUAUUGCUUUGAGAAGAGCUCAAGGAAGGAAAUCAUUCUCGCCUUUGUUUUGAACCUCACAAUAGAGGCGACCUUAGGCGUUGCUUCAUAAGGACAAGUAAUUUGUAUUCCCACACAUCACUCUUCCACACAGUCCCUUCCUUAUAGCCCCUUCUUCCUCAGUUUUUUAGGAGCACAUCCUUUAAUUCCUCCCUGAUAUGGAAAACUGGCACACUCUAGGGGCUAUCAUAAACACAUGUAGCAGUUAUGUUUAAAGAACCUUAGUCACACAGGCAUGACUGUUCUCUUUGUACGAGUUGGUCAAAAUAUGAUCUGUCAGAGUCUGGUUAAGCUAUGUCAUUGUCUCUUGCAUAGUUUCCUGGAUCUGUUUGUAAAGUGCUUACAGCCAACAGUUCAGUUCUGUAUUUGUUGACAGGUAAAUAGGUAGUUAAAGUAAGUGCCAUCCUUAAAAAUUAUCCUUUUACUCUAACACUGAAAAUAAUAAAGUGUAGAUCUCUGCAAUUGAGUUUAAAGAAGUGUGAUUGUAUUACUUAAAUAAGUGUUGUUUUAACCACCAAAAUAGUCUGAGUAGUUUCUUGGCACCUUAUCUUUAAAUCAGAUUCUUAAUUUUGGGAUAGAACUGACCAUGUUAUUCCUGAAAUAACUUUUUGAAACUUUUAUUAUAUCCAUUGGGUUACUAAAAUGUAUUGUUAAUUUCUUCAUCAGUAUAAGACAGAUUUAUGCUAGAACUCUUGUUUUUGCUUAGAAAUAUUUAGUAGUUUAUUUUUCUUAUAGUUAAAAUGUCAAGAAUGCCAAAUGCUGCCAAUUUAAUGAUUUGAUAGCUACCUCCUUUUAUGAAAACAAGAUGGUCACCUUUGGGAGGAAAAUGUCAGUGUAUAAACCUCCCUUUAAAGUAGAAGAUAGAUUCAAGCUUACAGAAUUGAAACUAAUUUGUUUAGGUAUUUUCAGGCUGGUGAAUGUUGUUAGACAGUUCUUACAUAGUGGCACAAAUGGUCUUUUUUAUCUUUCACCUCCUUGCAAGGCCAAGUGGCAGCUAUUUACAACACUUUGGGUAUCUGUUGUCAAGGUGGCCUGCAAUUCACAAGGCAGGUAGCCUUAGAAAGUGUCCUAUCUUAAAUUAUCCAGUCAGUUUCAUGUCAGCUAACUGGAGGCAUAAAAUGAGGAAAAGUAAGAUGGCAGCAAAUAUAUCACUCCUUAAGCUUAUUUUGGUUGUCCUGUCCUAGGACUAAGUUGGCAACUCUGGCUUAAGAUGGGAUAAUUAAUGUAACACUAGAAAGGAUGAUGUUUGACUAAAAGAAGAAGAGGUAGCAGGUUUGGGAGUCUGUAAUUGAGGAGCCCGUUUAUUAUUGGAGAAAAUCUUUUGUUAAAGGAUUUGAAAGACCAUGAACACAAGAUUUGAAAUUACUAUUCCCAGUAAGUAUAUUAACUUCGCUAGUGACUCACACUGCGCCCUAGACAAUACUGCAUCUUAAUCUUUGCUUUACAAGACUUUCCAACGGCAUUUUUUUUUAAAAAAAAUUUUAACGGAAAAAUGGAAAUCAAAGGGAACAGAAUUUGCUUCUAUAUUUUCAAUUCUUUAGAGAAUCAUUUCUCAAAUUGGGGGAGAGGUUCUCUAUUCUCAAAGGUACUCUGGGCAAAAAGUAUUUUUAGGUUCAGGGUGGAGUAAAGAAAAUCAGACAUUUCGGUGGGGGAAGCAUCUAAGGAAGAUUGCUUUUUACAAAGGAAUAAUUUGCUUUCAAAAAUAAGUCAUGCUAGGCUAAGAUGAGUUUAUGGAAGACUACUUGUUAGUCUUAAGGGAAUGUGAAGUGUGGAAUAUGUUGGCAUUUGGACUUGAAGAGCAAGAAUUUUAAAAUAAAUUUAAUGGAGAUAGCUGAGAUGUGUUUAAGAAUAGUGUUUCUGGAGUUCGAAUGUUAGACUUUGAAAUGUUGAACCUAUAAAAUGACAACGAAAAAUUAAACUUUGGACCUUAUAUUCACACAUUCAGUUUUCAAGAAUCAAGGCGCCUUAAACAAGUUUAAUAUCUUGGCUUGUCUUUGCUGGACUCAGCCGGACACCUUUUCAUGCUUGAGGAUGGCUGCUUGCAGCUCUGACUCCUCAGUCAUUUUGUUUAAAGCUAUAGAUGGAUUAUGCAGGAACAGACAAAACUUUUUUUUUUAACCAAACAAUCUAUAUUUGCAGUGACUGAGGCUGUUUUUUGCUGCAGGGCUGAGAAGUGCUUGGCUUGCUGAGCCAAGACAGGCUCUGCCUUGUUCACAAAGGUUUCCCGAUCAUAGUCUGGCUGCUCCGUCAUCUUGGAGAGCUCAAGCCAGCCUGGCCCUUGGCCCUUGCUGUUUAAUCUCCUUGAGCUCUCCCAUGGUCCUCUCCUCCAGCUCCCUGUUCUGAGCCACGGCCUCAGUAAAGCUGGACACCUGGGAAGACAGUUCCUCUUCUCUAGAAAAAUUGCCUGCGAUCAGGGACCCAUGAGAGCUGGCUUCUGUCUCCUGUUUCCAUUUGAGUUGGCUGCUCCCCACUGGGCCCACUCGGGGGGCUCAGCUCCAUGAUGCUGUCUGCAUGUCUUGGUGUAUUCAAAGUAUUUUCGCAGGAGCUUGUGCCUGGUGAGAUCACCGCAGUCCAUGGCUCUUAGCUGGAAAAAACAAGACAUUUUUAAUUACCCAAGGGCUUCCUCCCUUCUUUGUCCAUUUUACUGUUUAUUGUUUUGAGUAGGUACCAGUAAUAGAAUAGAGAAGAAAAGGGGUGAAUUUUUGGCCUUGGUCUGUCAUACCACUACAAUGGAAUAUUAGAAUAUUUUCUGGGAAAGAAGUCAGUUGUGCCCAUAUUUUACCUCAUAAAUAAUUAGUGCUACCUAUUGUACUCAGAUGUACAGCUUUUGAAGUUUUGUGUAGGUGAACACAGUUCUCAAAGGUUCAAUAAAAUACUGUGCCUAGUUUGCCUAUCAAUCAGUUGCCUACACUUGUAAAUGAUGAGUGCCAUGUCUUCCUUACCUUGAAUAAUCUAGUGCUGGCUUUAUUUAAGUGCCACAGCUAUAAAUCCUGGGAAUUAAACCUGAGCACAGACCUUCCAGUGUUAACGUUUUUGAAAAGCAGAAGGCUCAAUUCAGAUGAAUCAUGCUGACGCACUUAGAAAGUGGUGGGUGGCUUUCAGGGAAGACUAUAAUUUAAUCCUAAUAGAGCAAUUUUAGUGUGAAGACACUUUAUUUUCAGAAUUCUACCAAGUAAAAUAAAAAUUGCCAAAAUGAUCAGUAUUAAAGAAAUGCCAUGCAAUCUGGCUUUUGACUAUUUCUGAGAACUGCAUUCAUCCAGCAGACACUUAAAUGUCUGUGAUCCAGGUGCUUUGCCAGAAGCAGAGAUAGAGAGAUGAAAGCGAAUGCCUGUCCUUGAGAGGGUCCCAGUCUAGGGGUGGCGUUACAGAAUUCAUUAGUGUGCCCGUUAUCAGUUUAACCUACAUCAACAUAUUUUGGUAUUCCUGCUGGUGGAAAUUAUACACCCUUUGGGCAUUUUAAAGAGCAACGUAUGCCUAUGCUUUUUUUUUUUCUUUUUGAAGUAAGAAGUUAGUAUUUUCCAAGACUAUGGUUUUGUCAGUCUAACUUUUCAAACAUGCAAAGUAAUGGGAUGUUUUUCCUCCUUACUUUCCCCUGGAUGAAGGCACGUUCACUGCCUGUCAUUGAUUAGCGGAUACUGAUUUGUUGCCAUUAAGUAAACUUGAUUUCUUUGUGCUCUAUAAAGGUUUUCUGUAUUUUUUUCUUGAUAUUGUUAUUUUUUCAUUGACUUAAUGACAAAUUUAAUGUAUGUAAUUGUCUAUGCAUUUUAAGUUAAACUGCCUAGAAUGUGAUUUGAGACAUAUACAUUUGUAUUAUGAACUGUAAGCAAUGUGUUUGAGACGUUAGGUUUUAUCACCUGCUGCUGUAUUUGUAAACAAAGACAAAUGUUGCUUUAAGAAGUAAUUAUAAUUAGGACUAGACAAUGGAUGUGAUACUUGAUAUUUUUAAAGAUAAACUUUUUUGCUUUUGUGUAUUAUACCUGAAAACUUUAAAAAAAAAAUGUAUUUUCAUGGCUUCA